AUGAACCUUCACUAUGACGGAGAGAGUCAACGUAUCGAACCAUUCGAAGUCGAAAUGCGACGUCGUCUUUGGUGGCACAUAUGCAUCCUUGACGUUCGAGCUGCGGAAAGCGACGGGUCGACACCCUACAUUAUGGAAUCUCAAUUCGAUACCAAACUACCGACGAAUGUCAGCGACGCCAAUCUCAACCCAGAUAUGGGUAGGGCUCCUCAACCGCAAGUUGGCAAGACGGAGAUGUUGUUCAGUCUGAUCCGAUUUGAAGUCAGCUAUUUUGGUCGUCAAAUCAUCUUCCCUGAUCGAUUUUGUCGCGACAAUGAAUAUCAUUUACGGUCGCCGUUGGAAAAAUGCACAUUAAUCGACAAAUUCAGAGCGUGCAUCGAAGAGCGAUACCUAGCUCAUUGCGAUAGUAGGAUUCCUUUUUAUUUCAUCACGAUUGCCUCGACUCGACUUAUCCUUGUGCGCUUCAAGCUCACUGUUGCAAAACCUCGCCCUGGGCUAGCCCAGAAAGACACAGCGCUGCCAGGUAACUUUCGAGGCAUCUGCAUAGACGUGUUGCAACAUGCGCGCGCUUUGCGACGGUAUGAACAUGGAAAGCAGUGGCUCUGGUUGUUCCAGACAUACGUCGAGUGGGAAGCGCUCGCCUGCCUCUUACUCGAUCUCUGUCUAACACUAUCCGAUGCUCCGGACCGGUUUGUAUGGGAUGUUGUAGAAGAUAUAUACAAUCACUGGAAACAGCAUGAAGAGGUGAACCGGUGGAGACGGUGGAGAAACAUCGAGGAGCUUUACACACAGGCAUUGACUAUGCGAGACAGCCCCAAGAGUAUCAUGCCAAGCCCGGUCUCGAAUGAUCAAGACACGGCAGCCCCUGAUAUCGAAUCUUCUCAACACCUCUCUCGUAUGUGGGAACUGGCUAACGCUGCGGCUGUCACUACUGGGGUUGAUGGCCCAUCGGUGCCGGUGACCGGUAACGAGGCGGCAGAAAUGCCGACAUCUGGUACUGCGUGCGAAUGGAGUGUUGGGUUGUUUGGACAAUAUUUUGAGAUGAUGGAUGGUCCGCUCACAUAG